CGCGUUUAGUAAUUACCAAUAUGUCUGCGCCUAUGAUGCAAACGUGAAAGCUAACUUGCAAUUCUGUUUUAGUAUCAUAUCAGAUGUUAAGAAGGAUAAUCCAGAGAAUUAAGCAGAUUGCUAAGUGGAACAUGGCUUCAUCUGUAGAGGGUAAGACAGGAGAAAAGAGAACUGGAGAGGAUACAGUGAGUGAUAUCAGCAAGAAACAAAAGGUGGAGCCAAAUGUUGCACGUACAGACAGGAAGCGCAAGGUGGCGCUCCUUAUCGCCUACAAUGGGAAAGGAUAUUAUGGACUUCAACUGAAUCCUGGUUUUCCAUCAAUAGAAGGAGAUAUAAUCAAAGCCAUAUUGGAGGCAGGGUUGAUAACCCAGGACCAUGCAGACACACCCAGAAAGAUGUCAUUUCAGAGAGCUGCACGGACAGACAAAGGAGUAUCAGCUGCUGGGAACCUACUGUCAUUAAAGAUGUUAAUGAAUAAAGAGAAUUUAUUGGAAGAGAUAAACAAACAUCUGCCGCCACAGAUCAGAGUGUUUGAGGCGGUGAGAACAACAAAUGGAUUCAAUAGUAAAGACCAUUGUUGUGGAAGGACAUACAUAUAUAUUCUACCCACAUAUGCCUUUGCACCGGUUGAAGAGAUUUGCACAUUAGACUACAGGACAAAUGCAGACAUUAUUGAGCGUGUGAAUGAAGUGCUGUUGAAGUUCCAGGGCACUCAUAACUUUCACAACUUCACAUCUGGAAUUAAACCCUUUGAAAACUGUGCCAAAAGAUAUAUUAUAGAGUUUGAGUGCGGAAGGCCAUUUGUACGAGAUGGGGUAGAAUUCUGUGUGUUGUCUGUCCGUGGCCAGAGUUUUAUGUUGCAUCAAAUUAGAAAAAUGAUCGGUUUGACAAUUGCCAUAUUGAGAGGCCAUGCUAAUAUUGAUACCAUUGAGGAGGCUUACAAUCAUGAGAAGAUGGACAUACCUAGAGCUCCAGCCCUGGGACUUAUGUUAGAAAAACUGCACUACGACCAUUAUAACAGAAGAUACGCGUCUGAUGGCUCCCAUGAAAGAAUUGACUUUAAUCACCUUAGAGAAAAAAUCAGCGCAUUCAAAGAAGAAUACAUAUUUUCUGAAAUAAUAAAAGAGGAAAUAGAAACUCAAAGUAUGAUGAAUUGGAUGGCCAAGCUACAUUUUCACACCUGUGGACCUAUGGAAAAUAGAUGGUCUGAACGAAAAAAGAUAGAUAAUAUACUUUUGUCAGAGCCAACUGAUGCUAAGGAAUCAACAGAGAAUACAGAAGAUGAAAGAACAAACACAGAUAGACUUGUUCAACCAGAAACACAGUCUGGUUCUGUGAUAGACAGUGAAGCAGACGCCAGUCUGGUUCAAACAAAAGCACAGUCUGGUUCCAACACUGAUAGUUUAUCGGGAACCAGUCUUUAUCAAACAGAAGCACAGUCUAGUUCAACAAGUGACUGUGUAUUAGAAACCAGUCAAGAAAAAACAUUGACCAAUCAGAAUGAGUCAUGUGAUGAUGUGACCUCAUCAAAGAUGGACUGUCAUUCAGGAAAUUUAACCAAUCAGAGGGAGUCAUGUGAUGACGGGGCAACACCGUCUCAGAUUGAUUGUGAUACAGAAAAUACUGAGAAUAAGUCAGAAAAUGAUAAAGUGUCUAGUGAAGAAUCUGAAGUCAAAGCAGAGUCAAUGAAAUUGUAGAUGGUGUAAAAAUUGAAAUUUCUGCAAGGAAUAUUGUUAAAAGAAAACAUAUUUAAAUACAUUAAGAUUAAUAAACUGCUGUUUUUUUAUUCAUGAACAGUAUAGCGAAGGGAGUUUUUAUGAUUUCACAGUUAAAGAUUAAAAUGAAUUUUAUAGUGAUGCAUAGGUCUUUUAAAUAAAGAUGUACAUGGUUGUUCUAAAAACAA